AUGCGAGGCAGUAACCUAUUAUCGCGUGUUGCAACAAGGACGGUCUUCAGCCAACAAUAUAAGGAUGGACCGACUGAGCUCUUCACUCAGACACACUUGAAACUACACACGAAGAACAACAUCAUGAAGUGGGCCGCACGCGUGGCGCUUGCGGGCCUCCUGGUCGCCGCCCUCCACGCCGCGCCAGACGCCGAGCGGCGACAGUCGCGGUCCGUCCUGUCGGGCGGCUACCUGCCUCCUCCGGCGGGCGGAGGCGGAGGCGCGUCCGGGGGUUCGGGCGGGGGUGGCUACAGCGGCUCGGCGGGGGGAGGAGGCGGCUCUAAGUUCGGCGGAUCUGGAAGUUCCUUCGGGGGCGGCGGUGGACAUGGUGGAUCGUCUGGAGGAGGUUCCUUUGGUGGAAGAGGAGGCUCAGGUGGAGGAUACGGAGGCUCCUCAGGUGGAUCGUCUGGAGGAGGUUCCUUUGGUGGAAGAGGAGGCUCAGGUGGAGGAUACGGAGGCUCCUCAGGUGGAUCGUCUGGAGGAGGUUCCUUUGGUGGAAGAGGAGGCUCAGGAGGAGGAUACGGAGGCUCCUCAGGUGGAUCGUCUGGAGGAGGUUCCUUUGGUGGAAGAGGAGGCUCAGGAGGAGGAUACGGCGGCUCAUCAGGUGGAUCGUCUGGAGGAGGUUCCUUUGGUGGAAGAGGAGGCUCAGGUGGAGGAUACGGCGGCGCCUCAGGUGGAUCGUCCGGAGGAGGUUCCUUUGGUGGAAGAGGAGGCUCAGGUGGAGGAUACGGCGGCUCCUCAGGUGGAUCGUCUGGAGGAGGUUCCUUUGGUGGAAGAGGAGGCUCAGGUGGAGGAUACGGAGGCUCCUCAGGUGGAUCGUCUGGAGGAGGUUCCUUUGGUGGAAGAGGAGGCUCAGGAGGAGGAUACGGCGGCUCAUCAGGUGGAUCGUCUGGAGGAGGUUCCUUUGGUGGAAGAGGAGGCUCAGGUGGAGGAUACGGCGGCUCCUCAGGUGGAUCGUCUGGAGGAGGUUCCUUUGGUGGAAGAGGAGGCUCAGGUGGAGGAUACGGCGGCUCCUCAGGUGGAUCGUCUGGAGGAGGUUCCUUUGGUGGAAGAGGAGGCUCAGGUGGAGGAUACGGCGGCUCCUCAGGUGGAUCGUCUGGAGGAGGUUCCUUUGGUGGAAGAGGAGGCUCAGGUGGAGGAUACGGCGGCUCCUCAGGUGGAUCGUCUGGAGGAGGUUCCUUUGGUGGAAGAGGAGGCUCAGGUGGAGGAUACGGCGGCUCCUCAGGUGGAUCGUCUGGAGGAGGAGGUGGUUCCUUUGGUGGAAGAGGAGGCUCAGGUGGAGGAUACGGCGGCUCCUCAGGUGGAUCGUCUGGAGGAGGAGGAGGUUCCUUUGGUGGAAGAGGAGGCUCAGGUGGAGGAUACGGCGGUUCCUCAGGUGGAUCGUCCGGAGGAGGUUCCUUUGGUGGAAGAGGAGGUUCAGGUGGAGGAUACGGCGGCUCCUCAGGUGGAUCGUCCGGAGGAGGUUCCUUUGGUGGAAGAGGAGGCUCAGGUGGAGGAUACGGUGGCUCCUCAGGUGGAUCGUCCGGAGGAGGUUCCUUUGGUGGAAGAGGAGGCUCAGGUGGAGGAUACGGUGGCUCCUCAGGUGGAUCGUCCGGAGGAGGUUCCUUUGGUGGAAGAGGAGGCUCAGGUGGAGGAUACGGCGGCUCCUCAGGUGGAUCGUCUGGAGGAGGUUCCUUUGGUGGAAGAGGAGGCUCAGGUGGAGGAUACGGCGGCUCCUCAGGUGGAUCGUCUGGAGGAGGUUCCUUUGGUGGAAGAGGAGGCUCAGGUGGAGGAUACGGAGGCUCCUCAGGUGGAUCGUCUGGAGGAGGUUCCUUUGGUGGAAGAGGAGGCUCAGGUGGAGGAUACGGAGGCUCCUCAGGUGGAUCGUCUGGAGGAGGUUCCUUUGGUGGAAGAGGAGGCUCAGGUGGAGGAUACGGUGGCUCCUCAGGUGGAUCGUCUGGAGGAGGAGGAGGAGGUUCCUUUGGUGGAAGAGGAGGCUCAGGUGGAGGAUACGGUGGCUCCUCAGGUGGAUCGUCUGGAGGGACCUCCUUUGGUGGAUCCUUCGGCGGUGGAUCGUCUGGAGGAGGCAGUUUGGGUGGCUAUGUCCCUCCCGGAACUGGUGGCUCUUCAGGAGGUGGGUCUUUCGGUGGAAAAGGAGGAUUUGGGGGUGGAAGUGGAUCGUUCGGUGGAAAUGGAGGAUCUGGUGGGGCCUAUGGUGGAUCAUCAAGCGGUGGAUCUUUUGGAGGUGGAUCCUUCGGUGGGGGAGGUUCCGUUGGUGGAGGAUAUCUUCCACCUAGCAGAGGAUAAGGGCUUCUCACUUUUAUCUCUUUUAUCACAGAAGCUUUGUUAUCUGUUCUGAAUACUUUUAUAACUACGUCACAUUUAUAUACAUAUCUAUUCAUUUGAAUGAAGUUUAAUUUAUUCUAAUAAAUUAUUAAGCCAAUAUAACGUUCUUUGAAGCUGCAUAAUACCCUGAUGUUAUAUUCCUCUCCUGACUCUUAUUAAUCAUCUUGUUCAUCCUUUAGCCACUAUAAAAGUAAUGUCUUUUCAGAUAAACAAAGGAUGAACAGAUUGAUAAAUUAAAAACUGAUUACUACUACUUUUCAUACACACUGAAGAACAUAAAGGUUUUUCAUUCAGGAAUAUCAAUUAUGAAUUAACAAGACCAAUAAAAUCCUCAAUCUGAAGUCAAUCUAAAUUAACAAAUCACUCCUUUUCCACUGAGGAUGUUGAAAGCUUGGAUUCAUCUCAAUUUGAUUAUGAUCUUAAAAUCUUGGAAAGU